GCUCAUCCUCGAGGGCGGAGAGAGGUGGCAUUUGAGUCCUCCGGUAUCCCAGCAGGCAGUGCAGCCUAGAGACGCUGACAAAGGACCGGAGCAGCAGUGGCAGCUGCUUUCCGAGGAGCCGGUGUUGCCGAGAUUGCCAAAAUGCUUUGGAGUUUUUAACUAACUGACUUAAGAAAAGUCCCAACUAGAUUUGAGACUAUAAAAACCGAAGCUACAGCAAGGGCGAUUCAGUGCCAAUGCAUCAACAAAAAAGACAGCCAGAGUUAGUGGAAGGAAAUCUUCCUGUUUUUGUGUUUCCCACGGAGCUAAUAUUUUAUGCAGAUGACCAGUCAACACAUAAGCAGGUGUUGACUCUGUAUAAUCCCUAUGAGUUUGCCUUAAAGUUCAAAGUUUUGUGUACUACUCCAAAUAAGUAUGUUGUCGCUGAUUCUGCAGGUGCAGUAAAGCCUCAGUGUUGUGUGGAUAUUGUGAUCCGUCAUAGAGAUGUUCAAUCCUGUCACUAUGGUGUAAAAGACAAGUUCCGCCUCCAAGUUUCCGAGCAAAGCCAGAGGAAGGCUUUAGGAAGGAAAGAGGUGGUGGCUAUUCUUCUCCCAUCUGCAAAAGAACAACAAAAGGAAGAAGAGGAAAAAAGGAUAAAGGAACAUUUAACCGAAAGUUUAUUUUUUGAGCAGUCCUUUCAACCAGAAAACAGAGCAGUCUCCUCCGGCCCGAGCCUGCUGACCGUUUUCCUGGGAGCGGUGUGCAUCGGUGCCCUGAUGCUUCCCACGCUGGGUGAUGUGGAGUCACUGGUGCCUGUCUGCUUGCACUUGAGUGUGAACCAAAAACUAGUGGCUGCUUAUAUCUUAGGUCUUAUCACAAUGGCUAUACUUAGAACAUGAGCAAGGAAUUCAGUUGACUUCUGAAGUAAACUUAUCUUGCAAAUAUGAACGCGGACUGCCUUUUAUCUCUCUCUCACUCCAUUAACAUGCGACAAACUAUUGAGUGAUUUACAGUAAUUGCAAAACUAUAAUAUAUAUUUUAAAUUACUCUCUAAUUUUAUUGGAAGGACUCCAGCUCAUUAUGUCACAGACAGCAAGGAUGCUUUUGAGCGACCCCUAGGAAAUUAUUUGAAGAAACUCUUUUUAUAUCUAAAGCUAUUGUGCAAAAGACUUUAAUUAAAACAUCUGCUAUUUUGUCAUCUUUUUUUUUUCCUAAUUCACUUUGAAUCCUAAGGUCAUACAUCCUUCAAAGUGAAAGGCCUGAAAGAGCAAACUGAGCGCAAACUGACCAGCCUGAACAUUAAAUAACAUUUAUUUCCUAACUACAAACAGCAAUGUUACUAUGUAAAUUAUACCUUGUCUUCUGUCAUUAUAAACAGUUGCCAUGGUGUUUUUAAAUUAAGUUUUACAGUUACUGUGUGGAGGGUUAAAAAAAAAAAAAAGAAAAAAAAGAAAGGAAAAAGCAUCUAGGGUUUUCUUUAACCCUCACAGAAGUAGCAUGGCUUCUCUGUUUGGUCUAAGAAUUUGAAAGGAAGCUAGGCAUUUGUUUUGUUACUUGGUUUGCCCUGGCUUUACCUUUGGAUCGGGCUUUAUGUUACUAGGAGGAGAAAAAUCACUUGAUCAUUUCUUCCUUUUUUUUUUUAAGAUUUUAUUUAUUUAUUUGACAGAGAGAUCCCAAGUAGGUAGAGAGAGGGGAGGAAGCAGGGUCCCCACUGAGCAGAGAUCUGGACGCGGGGCUCGAUCUCAGGACCCUGGGAUCAUGACCUGAGCCAAAGGCAGAGGCUUUAACCCACUGAGCCACCCAGGCGCCCCUGAUUGGUUCUUCCUAACCCUUUGCCUGACUGUCAGCAACUGGCCCAGCCUGGAAUUACCAGAUGCUGGAUGUUGUAUGUGGAGAUGUUUUUCACCUUUAAACUCUAAGCCAGGUAUAGAAAAUCCUUGAUACGUGUCUAUUUUAUAUCAGUCACUGAGACAUUUUUUAAGUUUCUAUUUAUUGAAACAACUUU